AUGACUAUCAUCAUCAUCUUCAUCAUCAACAUCUUCAUCACCAUCAUGGUCAUUAUCAUUUCCAUCAUCACCAACAUCAACAUGAUCGCUAUCAUGAAUAUCAUAACUGUCAUCACCAUCAUCAAAAUAACUGCCAUCAUUAUGAUUGUCACCACCAUCAAUAUUGUGGAGCGGACGGGUCUGCACUGUCCGUCCCACCUGUCCCCCCGUCCCCCCACUCCCUGCGGGCCCCAGGGGCCCCACCCCUGCCCCGCCCAAACGGGGUGCCCCACCCCUGCCCCGCCCAAGCGGGGUGCCCCGCCCCUGCCCCGCCCGAGCGGGGGCGGCAGCCGUGGCCCCAAUGCCAAACCCCAAACUCCCACCCGGACCUACCUGGCCCCACCCAGCCCCGCCUGGCCCCACCCGGCCUGCCUGGCCCCGCCUGGCCCCACCCGGCCCCGCCUGGCCCCACCCGGCCCCGCCUGGCCCCGCCCGGCCCCACCCGGCCCCGCCUGGCCCCACCCGGCCCGCCUGGCCCAGCCUGGCCCCUCCCCCACAUGCAGGUAA